AUGGACGUACAACUGCAGCAUACGCAGGUGUCUGCGGCGGGCCUCAUCGAGCCGCUGCACGUUGGCACGCUGCUCGAGGCACUCGGGCGCAAGAUCAACGUGCCGCCCACGGCGUUUGUCGCGCGCGAGACAUUCCUGCGGCGGAGUGACGACGAGUCGGCGCGCGCGCUCGAACUGUCAGACUCGCAAUGGAGCAACGUGCGCCGCGCGCGCGACCAGACGCGCAUCACGGUGCGCACCGAGGAGCAGACGACAGAGCUCGCACUGCCGCUCCCGCCCGCGCCGCCGGGCGCAAAUCCGUCUGUGCUCGUGCGCUCCGUCGUGCUCGUCCAGGACCUCACGCCGACGCAGCCGGCCGAGCCCCCUGCGCCGCUGGACGGCGUAGCGGUAUUUGCCACGCCGCUCGCCGAGCUUGGGUCGCGGGCCGUGCAUCAUACCGGCUGGAACGAGCUCGCGUACUUGCUGAACUGGACGCCGCACAAGGAGCAGCUCGUCUACGGCCUGCGGUACGUGCUCCUAUCGGACGACCCGCUCGUGCUGAACGAGCUGCGCGUCUACCGCACGGCCGAAUGGGACGCGACGCACAACCACCCAAAGGAGAACCCGAGCCCGGCCAUCCACGUCCGCGCGCUCUCGAGCUUCCGCUCGGACGUGGGGCCAGGCGUCCCGAAGGCCAAGCAAGAUGAGGCGGCCAGCGCGCUGCAAUACGCCGUGCAACAUACCCAGCAACUACAGAAAUCCUUGGAUGCGAUCGUGCCGCUGCAUCGCGAUAUCUAG